CCAGCGCAUGCGCAACGCUUCGUUCUGUGACGCACACAGUUACGCGCGUUCCUCAAAAACUGCUCUGCUCAGAUAGAGGAAAUGCUUCAGACUGUAAAUAUGUAAAAACAAAAUAGCAAAGGACUAUAACCCAAGAAUACAAGUGACUUCAGUUUUCCUGACCUCAUUACUGUCCUCUGGUGAUCACAUUACAGAGCAUGAGUGAGAUUUAAUCAUACCCCAGUGUUUUGAGGCAAGAAUGACGGGAGGAAAGUGGCAGGAGAGGCUGAAGUCUGUGGAGCAAAGAGCCUCAUCCUUUCAGUCUUCUCCCCUGUGCUGUCCAUACAAGCCACGUCUGUCCCGGCCAUGGCAGCCCUCGUCUGUCUGGAGACUCUUCCCACGCCAGAAUGCAGCCAUUGCCUUCAUUCAGCAAAUAAAACAGGACGUGCACAUAUUUUCACUUGAGAAAGAAGGCAGUGAUGCUGGACAGAGGAUUUUCCUUGUGACCAGCUACAGUGAACUUUGGCAUUAUUACAGCACUCACAGACAGUCUCUGAUGCACUGCUAUGAGGUCAUUCUGGAAGGGGCCGUCUGCAAACUCUACUUUGACUUAGAGUUUCACAAAGCCUCUAACACACACCUGGAUGGCAAGAUGAUGGUGGCAAAACUAAUUCAGUAUGUGUGUGAGAAGCUAGAGGAGGUUUAUGGUCUACACUGCUCUGCAAAAGACGUCCUUGAUCUAGACUCCAGCACCUCUGAGAAGUUUAGUCGCCAUCUUAUCUUCAUGCUUCCCAAUGCUGCAUUCAAAGACAACUCCCAUGUAGGGCGAUUUAUUCAUGAUAUCCUAUAUCCUGCUAUAAACAGCCUUCAAAAGAGCAAUCCAGAGGCACCAAGAGAGAACAGAGAUGAUGUGGAUGGUUUUCAGGUCAAGAGAAGAAAGUACGAAGAGAAGGACCUUUGCUUUCUAGUAGUCAAGGGCAAAAAUGGGCAGGAACAACUUUUUGUUGACCUGGGUGUCUACACCAAGAACAGGAACUUUCGUCUCUACAAGUCCUCCAAACUGGGAAAGAAUGCAGCCUUCAGUGUGGCAGAAGACAACAAGUUUGUCCCAAUGCCCUCCAAGCACACCACAAAAGAAGAACGCAUAUUUCUAGCUUCUUUAAUCACCAACAUCAGUUUCACAGGACAGAGGAUUUUGAUGUAUGAUAUGCCACAGAAGAAUACAGCAGGAUCUCUGUGUUCAACCCUGCAGAGAGAGUCACACAGCUUGGAUCUGUUGGGUGUACAGAAGCCGUCUCCUUUUAAAGAGGUGGAUGAAUUUGUGCUGACACUCGUGUGCAAGGAGGGCAUUCAAGGAAGUAUCCGACGAUGGAACUACUUUGCAUCUGAACAGCUGUUGGUUUAUGACAUUGAGAAGUUCCGCUGGUGCCACAAUGUGAAGCGCUUCCACAAGAGCAACAACAUCAUAAUUGUGGUGGAUCUCAAAGAAGAAGUGUGGUAUCAGAAAUGCCUUGAUCCUGAGUGCAGGAGACAGAACUACAGAUCCUCCAGCUUCCCACUGCCUCAGGAGGUCUGCAUGAGCCACCUACUGAUGGAGGAUGAAGAGGAUCAGGCAUAUUUAACGGAUGAACUGGGGAACAUUGAGCUUGCAAAGAGCCCUGUACCCAUGACUGCUUCAGCAGAUUCCUCCUCGGCUCCCCGGUCUGAGAAAACUGAGGAUUGGGGAGAGUGGCCUGAUGACCCUGCUUAUCUAGAAGCUCUGCAGGAAGUAGAAAGGGCCACUGAAGAGGUACCUGAUGAGCUUCUGCUCCAGGCAGUGACUGAUUGUGAAUGAUGCCAAUAUAACCUGAAAGACAACAUUAUUAACUUGCUAUAGUGCAAUACAUUUUUUCUUUCUUUCUUCUGUAAAAUAUGUGCUUAAAUUCUGUUUCCUUAUGAAAUGUUCAAUACAAAAAUUAAUUUCCAUUAU